UUUGUGCUCUGUGUCUGAGAGUGAAAGAAGAAAAGUGGGGGUUAGUGAAGUGCGGUUGUCCGUUUCCUGCUUUCGGUUGAUUUGUGUGCGCAGAACACAGAACAGAGAGACUUCCUUGACUGCAGGGAGCUCCGUUUUCUGACAGCGUAGCGAGGACUCCUUUUUCACAUGCUGUACAUAUGAAUUGAAAAUAAACUGGGAGAUUUAUCAGAGGACCAUGAGCCGUGGAUCUAAAGCUAGACCGCAGAGCAUCAGGAGCUCACUGCUGAACUCCCAGGAGAAUGAGCAGCUGGAGGAGCUGCUGGGCAGAAGAUGUGCUUCCAUGGCCACUGCAGUAGCCCAGCUGUUUAUGUCUCUGCCUCACAGCCCCUCCACGUGGCGCCUGCAGCACACCGGAGUGGUGUGCUUCAUCAAAGACAACCUCCAGCGCUCCUACUUCAUACGGAUGUUUGAUUUGAAGACAGGGAGGCAGGUUUGGGAGCAGGAGGUCUACAACCAGAUCGUUUACUCCUCGCCGCGGCUGUUCUUCCACACCUUCGCUGCGGAUGACUGUCAAGCCGGACUGAACUUUGCUCUGCAACAGGAAGCAGAAACCUUCCAAGAUGCUGUCGAGGAAAAAAUCAACCAGAGGCACAAUCGUCAAGGUCAACGAGAUAAGAAACAGCGCCCCCCGCCGCCGAGUGAUAGAGCUUCUCUGCCUCGACCCUCACCUGAAAGAGCAUCACCUGGCAGCCCUGGUUCUCUUCACAUGACCACAGUGGACAUCCAAAACCCAGAUAUCCAUUCUUCCCGCUACCGCUCCAUGCCUUCACCUGCUGCUUCCUUAGCUUUCACCAGCAUAGGGAAGAAGGAUAAGAAGAAAGGGAAAAAGGGGCCCAGAUUCUCCAAAGCAGACAUAGGGGCACCCAGUGGAUUUAAGCAUGUUAGUCAUGUCGGCUGGGAUCCCGACAACAUUGACCCUGAUCUGUGGAAGCUGCUCUCCAAAGCUGGGAUCAGUGAAGAUGAGAUGAACGAUGAAAAGACCUCCCAGUUCAUCUAUAAAGUCAUCGAGCAGUCUGGAGGCAUGGAGGCGGUCAAAAGGGAGAUGAACAGAGCUGGCGGGCCUCUGCCACCUCCAUCUGGCAGACAAGGGCCUCUGCCUCCUGUGCCGGGCUCCUCUGCUCCAACCCCUCCACCUCCGCGAGGACGCUCUGGCCCCCUGCCUCCCGUCCCAGGCCAGUCACCUCGAGGGCUCCCGUCCUCCAACCUGCCUCCUGCACGAGGAGCCGUGCCACCCCCACCUCCAGCAACAAGCAGAGGGGGUCCUCCGCCGCUGCCGCCGCCAGCACACUUUGCACCUUCUCACUUCCCCUCACCGCCACCCACAAAGUCCUCUCAUGUCCCGCCUUCGAUUUCCUCCCACAACCUGCCUCCUCCCCCUCCGCCGAGCCAGCAUCCCUCCAUGGGUCUCCCACCUCCUCUUGUUCCAUCUACACCCAGCAGAGGAGGUGGAGGGCCUCCUCUUCCCCCUCCACUCCUUCCGUCACAUUUCCCACCUCCUCCUCCUCCUCCUCUUUCCGGGGGCCCAACAGUACCGCCACCACAUGCACCGGCAUCCAAGGAAGAAGGGCCUGGCAGAGGAGCUCUGCUGAAAGAGAUCCAACUGGGGAAGAAGCUCAAAAAUGUGCCAGACAGUCCCGAUACACCGACAGCUGCAUCACCAGAGUCCAGUGAGGGCAUCGUCGGUGCUCUCAUGUUGGCCAUGCAGAAGAGGAGUAAAGCCAUCCAUUCCUCUGACGAAAGUGAAGAUGAAGGCGGAGAUGAGGACGAAGAUGACGAUGACUGGGAUGACUGAUGUUGAUGUUUGAACUCUUAAUUGCAAUACUGGUACAAGUUAAAUAAUUGAUAAUAAAAUCGUGAUGUGA